AGCAUCCUGACCCACACUCCACCAUCACUACGUAUCGAUGCGACCACAUUCCCAUCGCCUAUUUGCAUAUUGCAGGCAUGAUGGGUGAGCAAGUCAUCUUCGAUCCGACUCUCAAGAGAAUUCUCCAACCGAAGUCCUGCGAUCAAUGCUUUCUUCGCAAAAACAAAUGCAGUCGGCAUGCCCCAUGUAGCACGUGCUCUGCUCACCGCAGGAGGUGCACGUACGACCGGCAGUCGCAGUACCGCCGACGCCCUUCCUGCAUUAAUGUUCAAUCGUUACCCAAUGUUAAUCAGCUCUCGAAUCCAACCAGAGAAGACAUUGUGAGCGCCAAUGCCACCGGAGAGAGUAGUCUGGGCUUGGAAUUCCAAUCCUUUGACGCGGCUGCAAUUGGUGAUGCAGACCAAUUGUCGGGUGGAACCUUCGCUUUGUUGAACGAGGGUACGAAUUUCAACGACCUUACGUGGACUAGCCUAGAUGUCUCCACCAUUGAAGGGUCUUCCAAUCGCAUGAGUCGAGUCUUUGAGUGUUUCUCACCAACAGAUAACGACCUACAGGAAUUCACAGGAAGGCCCUGGCCUAUCGAAAGGCCGCUUCGUGAGAGAUCCACUCAAGGCGACAAUCAGCUCUUAUCAUUGGCUGUUCCUGAUGACAUAUGGCAACUAACCUAUCUUUUCUUGGAUCGACUACAUGCAUCGAUGCCCUUCUUCAAACGCGAGUAUCUCAUUGACAACAUCUAUUCAAAACGUUAUCUGUACGACCGGUCAUUCAAUGCCCUCAUACAUUCGAUUAGUGCUUUGGCCAUAUUCCAAACCACGCAGAAACUGCCUGGACAUGCUCGCCCCCUCAAUCAAAUUGAGAAGGCUGAGUCUCUGCUUGCUGAAGCUGUGCGAUUACAUUCGUACAGUGACUUUGGAGAAAACCCUGUUCUUGAGCAUGUUCUCACUAGUGUAUUCUUAUUUGGCUGUCAAUUCUGCAAGGGUAAUCACUAUGCUGCUAGAUUCCGCCUAAGGGAAGCAGUCACGCUGGCCGAGACCAUGGGUUUAGAUGAUCCGCAAACGUAUCGGCAUCUAGAUGGGGAAGAAAUGGAUAGGAGGCUCAGAACAUUUCUAUGUCUCACAGUGAUACAUCGCGUCUACGCGAUUCAAAGAGACCACCCUCUGAAUGAAUAUCUGCUCACCAGCAAACGUCUGCACAGGGUCCAGGAAAUGGUGGAACAAGUUUCGAUUGGCACAGACCAGCUAGAAGUGAGCGGGAUUCGAGGGAUUUGCCACAUGGUUGACUUGAUCGACUUCGUUGACGUUACUUUCGUCAAUUGUUGGAGGGGCCGUUGUUGGGAUGAUGCAGCCGCCCACCAUGUUUCAUCAGAGACUGUGUCUCGACUUCUGCAGCGAUACACAGUAUCGGUGAACCCGCAGAUCUGGCCAAACGAUACACAAAGGGCCGAUAUUCUCGUGACUCGGCAUUGGAUCUGCCACAUACUCUGGGAACUGGGCAAGCGACACGGCUUUGUGAACGAGGGGAGCUCGGUUGUCCAAAUGAGACCAGACUACGCGCUGACCAUAGCGCGUGAUAGCAUCAAGACCAGUGAGUCGUUCAACAUGGCCUGUUUGGAAUACCAUGGAGUCGGAAUGGUAGAAAAACUAUACGACAUUGCCUCAAAUGCGAUAAGGGUGGUGAAGAACCACGAGGCGGCGACCUUGGGAGAUGUCCCAUCAACCAGCCCGGCCGAUUUGGGUCUUGCUCCCGAAAGUCCGAGGCUGGAUGGUACACAACGAAGUACUGUGGACGGGUCCUGGAACCCAGACUUAGCCUCCACAUCAACCGCCUUGUCUCUCGACGAUUUUGCGAAUCGUUUCCUCGCCAUCUUCGCCAAAUUUCGCGGUGGCAAACAUCCGUAUCUGAUGCCAUACAUGCGCAUGCUGUGCGAAACCGACUCGAAAUGAAUGUUCACAUCCAUCGAUGGUCUAUUAGAACACGUGGGGGCAAAAGCGUGGGCAACAAAACAGUGAGUCAGUAUAUUAUCCAUUGUAUUAUAGGCAAAGUAGAAGAAUUCGGC